UCCCAAGGAGCCAUCUAUCCGGAACAAAGACAAGGCAAGGCUGCUAGCUUAGUGCUUGCGCUCUGGGAAGUGAUGCCGGGAUCAGAACUGGAGGGGAAAUGUUGGGGGGAGCUGGAGGAAGUCUGCUGGAAACCAAAUGCAAAGAUCAUAUCCACAGACAGAGCCAGCGGGGGCAAGGAAACGCGGACCAGCCCCUAAGCCUGGAGAGAGGAUGGAGGGGCCUGACUGUGUGUGGGCAGCGAGGGUCACAAACCAAGUGGAAACCAAGUUACCCCAUUAAGAAGAAUUCCUCUGUUUAUUGUCAAAACACCAGGCUCAGGAGCCAGUUACCACCUGUGUUCUUCUCUGAACAUUCUCUGGAGUCUUUUGGGGGACCAGCCCCAAAGGACCGUGUUUCACUAGGCUCCCCUUUUCAAUACAGCCCCAGGGUCAGUACUGGACAGGGGAGGCAAAGGUGGAGGAGCGCCUUCGUUCCGCAAAAGGAGAGGAAAGCAGAACAGUCAUGCCCAACUUGCACAACUCCUUGAUCCUCGCAGCCUAUAUCGUCAUCUUCUUCAUCGGUCUCCCUGCCAACCUCCUGGCCCUGCGGGCCUUCGUGGGGCGGGUCCGCCAGCCUAACCCUGCCCCCAUCCACAUCCUCCUGCUCAGCCUGACGCUGGCGGACCUCCUGCUGCUGCUGCUGCUGCCCUUUAAGAUCAUCGAGGCGGCAUCUGACUUCCGCUGGUAUCUGCCCAAGCUGGUCUGCGCCCUCAUGGGCUUCGGCUUCUACAGCAGCACCUACUGCAGCACGUGGCUCCUGGCGGGCAUCAGCCUGGAGCGCUACCUGGGAGUGGCCUUCCCCGUGCGGUACAAGCUGUCCCGCCGGCCCCUGUACGGGGUCAUUGCUGUGCUGGUCGCCUGGACCUUGUCGUUUGGUCACUGCACCGUCGUGAUCAUCGUUCAGUACUUGAACUCAACCCAGAGGGCCACAGAUGUGAGCGAGACUACCUGCUAUGUGAACUUCACCCGAGAGCAGCUGCGCCUGGUGCUUCCUGUGCGGCUGGAGCUGUGCCUCGUCCUCUUCUUCAUCCCCAUGGUGGUCACCAUCUUCUGCUACUGGCGCUUUGUGUGGAUCAUGCUCACCCAGCCCCAUGUGGGGACCCAGAGGCGGCGCCGAGCGGUGGGGCUGGCUGUCGUUUCGCUCCUUAAUUUCCUGGUGUGCUUCGGGCCCUAUAACAUCUCCCACCUGGUGGGGUUUCACAUGAAGGAAAGCCCCAAAUGGCGGGCGGAAGCUGUGGUAUUCAGUUCCCUCAAUGCCGGUCUGGACCCCCUGCUUUUCUAUUUCUCUUCUUCGGUCGUGCGCAGGACCUUUGGGAAAGGGCUGCAGGCACUGCGGCAUCAGGGCUCCUCCCUGCUGGGACGCAGAGGCAGGCAGACAGCAGAGGUGGCGGUGGCGAAUGGGGACAGGGCUGUGAGUCAAGCAGAAGGAGGGCCAAGUUCUGACUUCACCACGGACUAGGGAUGUCCCUGGAUGAGUUGAGCAGGCCGGAAGAGGGAGAGCGUGAGGGUUCCUGUCUCAGAUUCAGGAAUCCUCAGACCCAAUCCGAUGCUGGGACUGUCAAAAUCUGUCUCACUGGUUUGGUAUCCCUUCCUGUCUGAAUUUUCCUUCCCAAAGGAACACAGCUCCAAGACUAAAGAAGAAAAUGGUUGGGCCUAGAAGCACUAUCAGACCAGAGUUUCAGAAGCAAUGUAGGUAAUACGAAUUCAGUCAUUGUGAGGUGGUCAGGAGCUGAAGGAGAGAGUCCUAACGCAAUCUCUUGCUAAACACCACCCACACACUGGCCUAGCUGUUGGGGCUGGAAAGAAGCCAACGGGAAAGAGAUGGAAGAGAAAUAGAAAAGGAGGUCAAAGAAGAUGUAGGAAGGUUGUGAACCAAGGGGACUAGGAGGGAGGACUGGGGCUCAGACCUCUAAUGAUCUAGGUGUGGACGGUGUCCAUCUGACCCGCUGCUUUGUAAGUAUGAUCCAGUCGUCACCGUGUGUGUGUGUUUUGUCACCCCCAUUAAUCUGGGAGCCACCUGAGGUCUGGGUCUUAUCUUCUCCCUCCAUGGUGCCACCCACAGGUCAGAAUCCAGCCUGGCACCCAUCAGUUAGAGGCCAUCACUGACUAGCACAGGAAAAGACAGUCUGGGGUGGCAGA